AUGAAGCUUCAAGGGUGUCUUUUACUCUGGUUUUUAGCGAGCUGUGGACCAUCUUGGGCAUCUGAGCUCACUCCUGAUUACUUCGAUGAUAUUACACAUGCUCUAUAUAAAGCCGUUAAAUUUAUUAAUGAAAGACUUGAUCAAGUUAAUAUUGACAGUAUUUUCGGAUUAACUCUCGCUGAAGCAAAUUUGAUCGCUGCUUUAUCAUCAUCUCAUAUUAAAUUUUUACCUCCUGAACAAUGGACUUUACUUAAUGAAAUUGUAAAUCUUUGUCUAAGUUCUCGCGCGAAUUUUGAUAAACAGUUGGAUAAAAAAAAUGAUUCUUUUACUAUGAUGUCGAAAGUUCUAAUACAAUCAGAUAUUUGGAUUCACUUAAUAAAUUGGCAAAAUGGGCUUAUACUUCCAUAUAAAUAUAAUUUUCAUUCAUCAAAAAAUAAAGCAGCUUCAUUUUUAUGGCAAGGUUCUCCUCAAGAGACUGAGAGUGAUUCUUGUCUUGUAGAAUUAGUUGAAGAUAAUUGUCAUGUGUCAAAUAAAUGCGCAGAUAUGUUAUUAAAAGAAGAUGGGUCUCGAGGAUAUCCUUUGACUCAUAGACUGCUGUAUGUUCAAGCUGCUAAAGCGUUACAGUGUAAAGAACAUCAUCGAACAAAUUUUAAAAAUUUGAUUAAAAGUUACUGUCGUAAUAUUUUGAACGAUUUAUUUGAAUUGGAAUUUAAUGGGUUUCCUUCAAAAUCACGGGAUUUGAUAAUGGAACAAAUUGCACUGUGUGGUAUGGAAGGAUUUUCAGAAUUUACAAAUCCACAUUAUGGGGAUUUGAUAAUCGAAUGGCAGAAUUCCUUUGGUUGCUUCAAAACUCGCAAUUCUGAUCAGCAGAUUCAAUUUCGUUAUAAAAGAACAUCAAAUCCUCUAGAUCACGGAUGUGAUGGUCAUACCAUUGGGGUUGCUGCAGCAGCAUUAAGUAUUUUGAUUCGAGAAUUUAUCGAAAAUAACCUGAACUUCAAUCCAUAUAAAUAA